AUCUUCACAUGCUCCACAAUCAAAAAGACCGAAGGAGCUCGAAGCUGCUCUCGGCGCCUCUGGGAACCUUAAUCGAGUGCUCAAAAUGUUCGAUUCAUGCACUGACGCCACAUUUGAGGAAGACUAUGCCGAUGAUGAUGACGAACCUUUCUACGACAUUAUACAGUUAGAUGAUAUUCAUUCUGAACAAGGCUCUAACCCGGCAUGGCUGGCGGUUAAGCACGUACUACAGAAUACUGAGAAACAGGUCCUUGACUUGGUGCAGAAGUAUCAGCAAGAACUGGACACGAUGAAGAUCAGCUUUGAAUUCGAGCAUCUGGAGAAAGAAUUACACAUAAAACGAGACUUCAGGUUCAACAAAAGUAUCCUACUCGAGAAUUUGAGAGGGAGGCUCAGGCAGCUAGGUGUUGCACGAACUGGUUAUGUCACGACGCUAUUUGGUCCAAUACAACCCAAGAAACAGUGGAUAGUUCAGGAGACAGAUCGUCAUCUAUAUUCAGCCGAGGAGAUCAAAUAUAUCCAGGACAUGGCAAGAAACGAGCGGUGGAAGGCAGAAAUGGGGUAUUAUUAGAUCUAAUAGCUAUCAUACAGGGUUCAGUCCAUCUUAUUCUUAAUAUUUUCAGCCAAGUUCCGGGUGCCGAGAAUUACCAUGAGCAUGUUCAGCUAUAUUAAAUUAGU